ACACUGAGAUGAACGAUAAACAACCAGCUUUUCCACUUCGGUUUCUAUAAUUAUCGAAGAGAGGUACAGAGAGGACAAUUUGCGAACAGUUUUCACCCAGAAAACCCUGAAGAAUAUAUUAAUGUGACAAUUUUUUUAUUGCUUGUGAUUGUCGCGUAAAAUGCGCGCGCUUGUGAUGCAUCUUCUUGGAUAUCCAGGAUCAUAUUCCGUUGAAUAAAACUUGUGACCCGACAAUAAAUAUUCCUAAUCUGCACGAGUAUUUAUAGCAACUUUUGAAUCAAUUAUUUUCUCACCAUCCUCUACCACGCACCUUCACACAAAACCGGACUCUAUAUAAAUAGAUGAAGAUAGAAGAUGCGACGACAAUGGUAAGCAGAUAGUAUUUGACCCUACCUACAAACAUCGGAACCAUUACAAUUUUUAAAUGUGACUUCCUCCAAGAAUCGCGGUGCGGUCACCUAUGUUUUCGGAGCGGAGUGACAUCUACAGAAUUAUUAUAAAUGCCUGAUUAUCGGACCAUCUCUGUUUGCGGUGCGGUGUUUACGUUAAAAUUGUAGGAUGAUGAACAGUGAUUUGGAGCACGUUUCACUCAAUUCAACGACGGCCAGCAACUCAGGGACUGGGUCGGGCGGCCGAGGGCUGUCAGCCAACGUUCGGAAGCUGCACAACGCGCUCAACUUGCUGCUCACUGACUUCGAGAGAGAACAAUUCAUCCACUGCCUCAAUGUUUACCACGCUAAACGCAACGUCUUCGACUUGGUUCAAACUCUCAAAAUAAUCCUCAACACGCCGAACAAACGACAACUCCUCCCCAUGUUGCGUUUGGUCAUUCCCCGCUCAGAUCAGCUGUUGUUCGACCAGUAUACUUCCGAGGGCCUGUACCUUAAAACGGAUCAUCUACCACUAAACAGUGUCAACAACCCUGAAAGCUUUGGAGGAGUAGGCAAUACUGCUGUUGGAGAGAUCCGCGAAGUGACACUGAGACGCAGCAAGAGCAAUGAGGGCUUAGGGUUCAGUAUCCGGGGAGGUUCUGAGCACGGUGUGGGAAUCUAUGUGUCGCUAGUAGAACCCGGAUCUUUUGCCGAGAAUGAAGGACUGAGGGUCGGGGAUCAGAUAGUGACUGUUAACGGCAUGCUGUUUGACAGAGUCUCACACAUGGAAGCAGUCAAGGUCCUGAAAGGCUGUAAGAAGCUGGCCAUGUCAGUUUGUUCAGUAGGCCGGAUCCCCGGGGGGUAUGUCACCAACAACAUUUAUGCCUGGGUGGAUCCUCAUGGCCGCAGUGUGUCCCCUCCCUCCGACCUGGAGCAGCAAAGCACCCUGGGACCACAACACAGCCAGAGACGUACAGGACACACACAGGAGAAGACAGUAAACCUGAACCUGGACGAUGGUCUCUCUCUGGGCCUGAUGAUCAGAGGAGGGGCGGAGUAUGGCCUGGGUAUCUACAUCACUGGGGUAGACCCCGGCUCAGCUGCAGACCACGGGGCACUCAAGGUGGGCGACCAGUUGCUGGAGGUGAAUGGGCGGAGCUUCGUGGCCAUCCCCCAUGACGAGGCGGUGAGGAUCCUGAAGACGUGUCGUCACCUGCUGGUGAGGGUGAGGGACGUUGGCCGCGUGCCCCAUGCCCGCACCGUGGUGGACCAGACCAAAUGGAUCAGCAGCCCCAUCACCCCUAGCCCACCGCCCAUAACAGAGAGCACCGCCAGCCCAGCCGCUACACGGCCAUCUUCAGCGCGGGCUACACCUGUAUUAGGAAAGUCUUUUUUCAUGUGGGUUCAUUCAUUCAUUCCCUCCCCCCACCCCUCCUUCUAUCCCUCCAAUCAGUCUGUGUGUCAAGGUGUGGGGCCCCUGGGUUUCCAGGUGUCUCUGGAGGAGCAGGCCUUCCUGCUGCUGACAGACCCAGAGAGACAGACCAUGGGCUACUACCUGCGGGAGUACCAGGAGGGACACAUCGGCCUGGAGCCCCUGACCAUGGCCCUGUUUGAGCUCUUCAAUACUCGUGCCAAGUUGUCCCUGCUAUCUGAGGUGCGUAGUCAGGUAGCUCCCCAGGAACUGGAGCUGUAUGAUGGCCUGGUGCUGCACCGCGAGAGGGAGGCUCUGAAGGCCUGGCACGGAGGAAUAGGAUCCCUACACCCUGUGCACCCAUACAGCCGCUGUCUACACGCUGAGCCCUCAGCCAGCCACAUCCACUCCAACCCGGCCACUCUCUGCUCUGCCAAGAAGGAGUGCUCACAUGGUGACAUUGUACAGCAAGAUCCAGGGGCAACCACUAAUGUCAUACCUGACGUUACAUUGAAUGAAGUGCAGUCGACAGCUGAGUCUCCUCCGUUCUUCAAGCCGCCUCCUCCCCCCGGACCCGGACAGACCCAGCCCAGACAUCCGAGGGACAGGGAGAGGGAGCAGUCCAAGCGCUUCUUAUCCAGACACUCCCAAUCUGGCCUGGUCUUUACUGCCCCCACCAGGCUGCACCAGGAAUGUCACCACAAACACCUUAAAGCCUUCCAAAGCUUCUCCAACCACCAAACGUCCAACUCCCCUAGCUCUGAGCUCCAUCACAUCUGUCCCAACCCUGGCCAUCAUAAUAGCUCCAACCCUGGCCAUCAUAAUAGCUCCAACCCUGGCCAUCAUAACAGCUCCAACCCUGGCCAUCAUAACAGCUCCAACCCUGGCCAUCAUAACAGCUCCAACCCUGGCCAUCAUACUACCCCCAACCCUGGCCAUCAUACCACCCCCAACACUGGCCAUCAUACCACCCCCAACACUGGCACUGGCCAUAGCGUCUAUCCAAGCUCUGGCAAUGACACAUCCAUGAACUCUCUUCACCACACCUGCCAAAGCUCCCUCCACAUCUCCACAACUACCUCCUCCGACCACCACACCCCCCAAACACACCACGGCUGCUCCAGCUCCGGCCACCAUUCCUGCCCUGGCUCCCCUCAUCCCAAGCACUCUGGUCCUCAGAACAAGGACACAUUCAUCAAGCUUCCCAUCUUCAGAUCCUGCUCCCAUGAGAAGCCUCUGUCAGACAGUGGUCAGACUCUGAGUGAGGACAGUGGGGUGGACAUUGCUGAGGCACGAGGGCUCAGUAAAGACAGCAAUCCUUGGCCAACUAAGAACCAGGCCAGCCAGGCCACACAAGGGCCCCAUGGGGCCCAGGGGUCUGCAGUACUGGCAUCCAAACAGCAGCCCGGCUCUCCAGUGCCCAUACUUACUCUGGUACGUGUGGUAAAGAAUGCCAACACUCUGGGCAUUGCUAUAGAGGGAGGUGCAAACACACGGCAGCCACUGCCACGCAUCGUCACCGUACAGAAGGGGGGCUCGGCACACAGUUGUGGGCAGCUGAAGGUGGGACAGGUGAUUCUGGAGGUGAACGGGGUCUCCCUGAGGGGUAGAGAGCACCGGGACGCUGCUCGCAUCAUCGCUGAGGCCUUCAAGACCAAAGAGAAGGACCACAUUGACUUCCUGGUUACCGAGUUUAACACAGCCCUACUGCAAGGCCUUUAGCGGGGUCGUAUUUAGGCUCCACACAGAAGAAAAGAGACUGAAGGGACCACCUGAACAAGAAGGGACCUCCUGAACUAAUGCUUGUUCCCAUUUUCCUGCAGGGGCUUCAGCAGGACUUUGCACUUUAGAGAGCUGGAACAGAUGGAGGAAGGAGGAGAAAGAGAGAACGGAAGGAGGGAGAAGUUUGAUGGAGUGUUGCACCUGGGGACAAAAUAAAGACAAUCCGUUAUUCUCCUGUAAGCCCCUUCUCCCUUCCCACAUUGUUGUCCCUAUAUACCAACUUACCAGGCUGGCCAUGUAGUGUUAAAAAGCUAAGACAUCCUGCCUUAAGAAGAACCCACCGAUAGAACACACAGUUGAAGUCGGAAGUUUACAUACACUUAGGUUUGUGUCAUUAAAACUGAUUUUUCAACCACUCCACACAUUUCUUGUUAACAAACUGUAGUUUUGACAAGUCGGUUAGGACA